GAGGUGCCUUUUCUCCUCACCAUCCCACUAUCUGUUAACUCGCGGCCUCCAGCCCCCAGUGCAAUCCGGGGGGAGCAAGAUGAAGUGGAAGGGGAUUGUUAUCUCUGCUGUCCUGCAGGCACAGCUCCCAAUUACAGAUGCUGCACCGGUUCCAGGACUGACAGACCCAAGACUGUGCUACAUACUGGAUGGGAUCCUCUUCAUCUAUGCAGUCAUCAUUACGGCCCUCUUUUUGAAAGCUAAGUUCAGCAAAGCCCCUGAAUCCCCGGCACUGCAGGGCCAGAAUGACGUGUAUAAUAAAUUGUCUCGUACAACCAGAGAUGAAUAUGAUGUUCUGGGAACUAAAAAGAGAGGCUCUGACCUUGAAAUGGGAGGGAGAAAUCAGCAGAGAAGAAAGAAGUCAUCUCAGGACACAGUUUACACUUCUUUGCAGAAGGACAAGAUGGGCGAGGCAUACAGUGAAAUUGGGAAGAAGGGAGAGCACCAGAGGCGGCGAGGCAAAGGGAAUGAUGCUGUCUACCAGGGACUCAGCUCCGCAACCAAGGACACAUAUGAUGCCCUCCAGAUGCAGCCGUUGCCCCCUCACUAAGUGGCAUUCGUGCAGUGGACAGGCAAGACUGAGACAAGUCCAGAUGCUUUGGGCGAGGAGAGAAGGGAAACAAUCAUCAAUCCAAAAAAGGCCAUUCAGUCAACACCCAUUUUUUCAGGACUGCAAAUUAUAUAUGCGUGGUUCAUUGCACAAAGUAGGACAAAUCUGGAUUUAGUUCCCCUCCUCCCUUCCCCCCUUCAAAACUAUACAAUCUCAAGCUUUAGCUUUUAAAUGUACAUAUCUGUAAAACUAUUCCUAAUGAUAGUGGCUGUUUUGUACCAGCAAGUGUUGGGCAGGAGACUAGGACGUUGGGUUCUCUUCCUCCUCCUCACUGAGCUGGUUUCUUUGGCUAUUUAAAAUCCCCCCAAAACUACACCCUAUUUACCCACCUCACAGGUGGUUGACAUUUAAUUACUGGCUAAAGCACUUUUAAGGUCCUUAUAAGGAAGGUGCUAUAGCUACCCCCAGUAUUAUCUACAGGAAGACUAAUCUGCAUCAGCAUAACUAUGGCAGUCUCACUCCAAUAUUUUUCUGCUGUAAAUUUAGCUUUAUUUCUAAGUUGGUUUUAGCUGUGGAGAGCUGUUCUUACUGUAAAUGACGACAUGUUUCUAGAGUGAAAGACAAAAGCUAAAAGCAGGCUCUACCUUGACAGUGUGAGGAGGAUUCAGUGCUAGGCUGCAACAAGAGAUCAAGAAAACAACAUCCCAGUGUGACCAGCUCUUGCAGCACAUGGACGGCAUCCAGAAAUGCUAAUGGAAAUAUAUGAAAGCUAGGACACCUUUACCAGCAAGGUUCCAUGGUAAAAACAGGAGUGGUGCAGCAUACAGAUUAUGCUCGAGAACACUGGGAAAGUUGGGAUUUAAUUAAAAAGGCAAGUUUUUUUAAUCGACAAUCCAAAACUUGACUUCUCUCUUCCCUCACUGUUGCUCAAGCCACACAAUUUAAGGGAUAUUCCUUCCCCACUUAAAAUACAGCACCGAAGUAUGUAAGAAUUUUUAAAAACCUUGCAGGAUAAUUUUAAAGAUGAGGAGUACAGAUUCAACACAAAGGUGAUGGUGGCUCAGCAAUUCAGAUGUUUUUUGAUGAGGUAAUAAAACGGAUGGGGAAGCUA